GGGAGGGAGAGGGAAAGAGCGAGGUUGAGUUGACAGUGUGACACAUUAACACAGGGACUCACUGGAAUGAUUUGUGGCCGGUUUGCUGUCACUAGUAGCAGGUUUUUCACUGAUCCGCGGCGGAUUCUGGUCUCUUUAAAACCCGCAGCUCACCGUCCGGAGCUUCUUGCGCUCCCGCAGGUUUAAAUGUACCAGAAUGGACGCCUGGCGCUGCUUCAGAUUCCUCUGUGAUCAUAACAAAAUGGGACUGAAUUGAGUGGAGCAGCCAAAACUCUGUGAAUAUUUGCCACAACCAGUUGGGGGUCUUACCAUCAAAAUCUACCUUAAGGAGAGCAACAGCUCAUCUAGAAUCAACUGAAACAGCACCACCAACCUCAGCUAAGUUCAACCUAGUCAGGAGGAGAUGGAGAACUGACAGCUGAAGACCAGCAGGUGACAGAAGGCAGCUCUGAUCCACCCCAGCCAGCAGCCAUGGCAGGGCACAAGCGUCAUCAUGAUGGGAAGAUUGCAGGGCUGUACGACCUGGACAAGACGCUGGGCCGUGGACACUUUGCUGUGGUCAAACUGGCCCGUCAUGUCUUCACUGGUGAAAAGGUUGCAGUAAAGGUGAUAGAUAAGACUAAGCUGGAUCCGGUCGCACGGGGUCACCUUUUCCAGGAGGUGCGAUGCAUGAAGAUGGUGCAGCACCCUAACGUGGUGCGCCUUUACGAGGUCAUCGACACAGCCACCAAGCUCUACCUCAUCUUGGAGCUGGGCGAUGGAGGAGACAUGUAUGACUGCAUCAUGAAACAUGAAGGAGGCCUCACUGAGGAGGUGGCCAAGUGUUACUUUGCCCAAAUUGUCCACGCCAUCUCCUACUGUCACCGGCUGCACGUAGUGCAUAGGGACCUGAAGCCGGAAAACGUGGUGUUCUUCGAGAAGCAGGGCGUCGUCAAGCUCACCGACUUUGGCUUCAGCAACCGGUUUCAGCCUGGGAAAAAACUAAACACCUCCUGCGGCUCGCUGGCCUACUCAGCGCCUGAAAUACUGCUGGGGGAUGAGUACGACGCCCCUGCUGUGGAUAUCUGGAGCCUGGGAGUGAUCCUCUUCAUGCUGGUCUGUGGUCAGCCCCCCUUUCAGGAGGCCAACGACAGCGAAACGCUCACUAUGAUCAUGGACUGCAAAUACACGGUGCCUCCGCACAUCUCCCGUGCAUGCAGAGAUCUUAUAGGCCACAUGCUGCAGAGGGACCCCAAGAAGAGAGCGACCCUAGAGCAGAUCGAGAGCCACCAGUGGCUUCAAGGUGUCGACCCCUCCCCGGCCACAAAGCUGUCUACCCCUCUGGUGUCCCAUCGCAGCUUGUCGGAGGAGGAGCAUGGCUCCAUCAUCCAGCGCAUGGUGCUGGGGGGCAUCGCAGACAGAGACGCCAUAACUGAGGCUCUGGAGUCGAACCAGUACAAUCACAUCACAGCCACUUACUUCCUGCUGGCCGAGAGGAUGCUCAGGGAGAGACAAGAGAAGGAGCAACACAGCCAGACACGAUCACCCAGCCCCAGCAAGGCCCAGUUCAGGCAGUCUUGGCCCACCAGAGUGGAUGUUCACCAAGAUGUCAGCGAUGGUUUAGGGGGUCCAGCUAUCUCCCACCCUGGAGGGCCUCAGUCUCCUGCCCGUAGUGCUGAGAGCCUCCACAAAGGCCCCAGGCCCAAAACAGCUCUGCUGGAUGUUAGCCAGCGGCAGGAAAGUCACACUCCAGCAUCCAGCCAGGAGCAGCAGGCUUCGCAACAGAACCAGGAAAGAGGGCUCAGGCCUCUGACAAAGCCCCACUCCAACCCCCUUAGGCUGGGCUCUCUUUCUUCAGUGGGCCCUGGAAAACCUCGGAGCCCCAGCCUUUUCAGUGUGGAAGAGGAUGAGGAAGAAGACGGGGCAGAAGACAAAUGUUUACCCCCCUCUACACUGCCUUCUCAGGUGGUUCUUCGUUGCAAAGCUUCCUCCUCAUCAUCUACGUCCUCUUCUGGUAAUAGGCUGACAUCUCGUAUGAGCGCUCCAGUUCUUAACCAGAUCCACGAGGAAGAUAAAGAGGAUGAGGAGGAAGAGGAAGAAAGAAGGGAGUUGCAGGGACUAGGCCCACCCAAACCCAGCCUCAGCCUCAAUCUGAACUCUAGGAUACCUUCACCUUCAACACUCAUGUCUUCACCUAAAACUGUUGGUGUAAUGGCACCAGUUGCAACUUUCACUCCUAGCUCAGAGACCAGUGAUGAUGACACAGAAAGUCACUAUAAACAUGAUACAGCAAUUCGAGGUGAACAUGGGGUUGAGAGAGAAGGGAGGAAAGAGGAUGGAGAGAAAACAGGAGCUGGACAGGGCAGUCCCUCCAACUGUGCAAGUCCUGGAUCAGGGUCAGGCCAAGGUAAAGGCACAGCCAAAGCUGCCAGCGGGCUGGUGGAAAGCCUAAAGCUGAUGAGCCUGUGCCUAAGCUCUCAGUUCCACAACUUGACGGGGGGAGGAGGGGGAGGCGUUGGUGGUGGUGGUGGUGGUGGUGGUGGCAGUGGUGCCGGCAGUGCCGGUGGGGAUCCCCAGGACCGUCCCAUGUGGAGAAUGUGCAUGGGCGGCUCCACUGGCAGUUUAGAUAAGGUCUCGCUCCUGGGCGGCCCUUCACCCAGGGGCAAUUUAUACCACCAGCCCCCGCUGGGAGACGCACUGGGCGACCCGCUGCUGGAGGGACCCUGCUCGGGCCGCCUGAGGCUGGGAGAGCUGGACCUGGCCCGGGAAAACCACAGGAACAUGAAGAACCGUGUGUUGCAGAUGCCUCUGAGCGACAAGACACUGUCCGUCAACAUUCACCGGAGCCCCAAGGAGGGUCUGCUCUGCACCCCCACCCCACACAGCUGCUGCCAGGUCAUCUAGGGCGCAGCCAGCCACUCCAUCAGCUGCUACACCUUCGCUCAUAUUCCCACAACCAUUAUUAUUCUGCUUUCAUUUCAGUGAUGUCACCACAUGAGUGCACAUUGUUUUUUGCAUUUCUAUUUCUUCCCUUUUGUUUGACACAUAGCGGUGAAUAACUGGGAGAAGGUCCAAAUGCCAAAAUUGCACAUUUAGAGACAAUAGGUCUCCAUGGAGGACACCGGGUGCAAUGCCAGGUAUGUGAAGCACUUUCAGCAGAUUCAACAAAACACUGAGGGGUCAUUUGAACCUGCAGGUGUGUUUAAAUGAUGAUACAGAAGGUGCUCACAACCCUGCUUUUACACACUUAAAUACCAUAUGUGCACAGUGUUCACACCUACAGCACUCUGAUGAAAGGGAAAGCUGAUGAUUUUUAGUAUCGUGUUACAUAUCAUCUUUUUUGUUGUACUUUGAUGCUGUUUUUAAUAUAAUUUUUAAAUUAUAUUUUGGACAUUUUAUCUUUUUUUAAACUUUGACUGAAAGAGUUAAGUGUUUUCACUGAAACGAGGACCAAUACAGGGUGAAAGCGAACAGAAGCACUUAAGGAUGAUGGAGGCGCACGAUAUUUUGUAGUCUAUCACUGUUUUAUUUUUCUAUCUUGGAACAUGCUCUACAGAAGAUGCACACUCACUUGUCAAGUCUCUGCAGGUGGACGGCAGAGUUUGUACAUAUGUGAAUAACUUAGCAGUACUCUGUACCUGUAGUAUUAACGGCAAAGUUGUAUUGCAGUAGAAACCCGAAUACUAGACCCUAACGCACCAUUACUCGUCAUUCCUACUGGAUAUUCAAGGUUUUGGUUGAAUCCACAGCUAGAAGGUAAAGGUGUAUAAAGAGACCAUAAAUCUCCACUGACACAUAACCAAAUUAUUAAAUGUGCAAUGGCAGCUCUUUAAAGUCAAAGUGGCCCUGUGUUUAUGUUCAGUGGAGGACAAAAAAAAAACAAAAGAAGCUGGGUGGAACCCAAACCGUGUACAUCCCGUAGCUUUCCAGGAUCACAGUAGCCACUAUUGUAGCGUAUUCCAAGACGAUGAAGACAACAACAACAACAAUCUAGGGGUUUAAAUGGAAAAUAACAACACCACCCCUUAAAGUGUCGAUCUGUGUAACUGGAUGUGUGACCCACCCCUAGCGGAAUAUAUAACUUGACAGUGCAUGUGUUUUGCUGUAGCAACCUUAUUCCUAACCCACCGAGGUCAAGCCACCUGUUGUAUCUACCUAAGUAACAGAUUCAAAUGGUCACUUUACUGUAACCUCACAGCAAUACCAGCGACUGCAAAAUGUACAACAAUAAUAUAUGUGCCAUAAGAUCUGUCUUGAGCAUAUUGUACUGUAUGUAUAUGAUAGAGAUCUAUUAAAAUAAAAUGAUG